AUGGUGCUGACAACACGCAAAGAAUGGUGCAGCCCUGUGAGCAAAGGCCCUGACAGCUUUCCCUGGGAUAUCAACAGACUUGAGGAUGCCAUAAUGCAGGGUACGGCGCCGAGAGCCACGGCCAAAAAACAACUGUGGUGCGCAAAGAUUAUUAGGCGUUGUGUGGAUGGAGCGAACCUAGAGGAGCGAGCUGAGCUGCGGCGUAACCGUCAACUUUUGCCUACACUGCGAUAUCUUCUCGUUCAGUCGGUGCCCUUGACGUUAUCGGGGGCGAGACUCCGUCAGCAUGUGUUCUCUGUUUAUCUUCGUCUCCUUGGAGAAGACACGAUGUUUGAUGAGCGGGUUGUGAUGGAUGUAGAUACUUUAAACGAACUUGUUGCCGCGCUCCGUGCUGAAGCCUAUCCGGAUAUGAGCGAUGUGGCUGUGUUGUUGGUUAGGCGCAUUUCUGAACUUCCCUAUGUGAGUUCCGUCCUGGUCUUUGAAGAGGCGCUGUUUGAAGUGCUUCAGGACCUUCUAGAGGCCCACCACACUAGGCCGCGGGCGGCGCUGCAUGUUCUCCACCUCUUUGUGAACCUCUGCGGGCACCCCAAACUACAUUUUAAAUUGGCAAGGUCACGGCGUGUCGUUUUCUACGCUAUUGACACGUUGCUCCGUGUGCUGAACUCGAACGUUGUCAGGCGAGCUUCCAGGAAGGUGCAGCGCGCAAUGGAUGCCGCUUCACCACCACUCAAUGAGAUGGAGGAGGUGCCACCACGCAGGCAACCCAGCAGGUGCAGCUUUGGGCGUCCCGUGCAUCUUAGCCGUGCGCUGGAGCAUAUGACGGCAACAGGGCCGAGUGCGAUGGUCCUAGCAAAUCUUCUCUCUUUCCCGGAGAAUCGGGUGUCGAUGGUGUCUCUCUACCCAGACCUUGUGGCUGCAUUGGAACUGUGCGAUACGCAAGCGGUGUCGAUUCGACUGUGGGAAGUCGCCCGCUGCGCAACUGACUACUUGCACGACAAUGACGUUGUGGUGGAGACACAACUGCUAGUACACUUAACAUCCCCCACAAUGAGUAGUAGAAUUAUCGACGAUGCCAGCUCGGGCUGA